CCAUGUUCUCUUCCUCCAUUCUUCAUUAAUUUCACAAAUAUUUCAUGAAUACCUGCACAGAGCACAGAACCCCAGAGAAGGAGCACCUAAAUCAGACUGGGGAAAAGGGAGUCAGAGCAGGCUUUCAGAACACAUGCCCUUCAAACUAAGCUUUUGAGAACGAGGAGUGAUUUAGACAGCCUGUGCAAAGAGAGACCAGAAAAAAAAACACAGAAUGGUGUAUGGACAGACAGAAGGAGUAACAAGCAGAUCAGUGAGUCAGGCCUGACAGCGCUGGAGAGGUUCAAGGGCUAGGUCAGGAGGGGCCUUGUGUGCAAACACGGGACCCUGGAUUUUAUCCGGAAUGUAAUGCAAACCCCCAAAUCCACUGGAGGACUAGAGACAGGGCUGUGAAAAGUCACAUGUGUGGUUUAGAAACCUCAUUUUUCCAGUGCUGUGCAUGUGGCAUGAUAAGGGAGCAGGUGGUGGACAGGGAGACCAAAGAGGAAACAGUUCUAGAAAUUCAGGUGACAGAGGAAUGUUUAUUUAACGACCGUGGAGCACCUGCUCCAUGCUAAUCGCCGGCCUGUGUGCCAGGGAUCCCGCGUGGGCCAGGACACUCAGGCCCCUUAUUCUCAGGAAGCUUGUGGUGACCGUGGAGAUGACAGGCGUGUAAAAGGAAGCAGGUUGGAGGGAUGUUAAUGAGGCAAGAUCUAAGGACCCGAAGGUGAAUCAGACCUUGGAGGUGAGUGAGAGGGCAGGGCCUUCUGGUUUGGAGAGCGGGGUGGACCGCGGCACCACUCGGUGCCCUGGGGAGCCCGGCAGAAGAGCUGAGUGGGGCUUCCAGGUGGAGGUGUCCAGCAUGUGCUUGGAGAAACAGCUCUGGACCUCAGAAGGGGCCUCUGCGGCUUCUUUGUGUACUAGAUGGAAGAAUUGAACUAGUUGUUUCACUUACUUGAUUUUCUUCCCUUCCAUGACUGCAUUUCAGCGUCUGCGUCUGACAGGUGUUUCACUAAAGACCAGACUUCCUUCUACAUCUCCGCAGAACCUCAUAUGGGGCUGGGCAAGAUGGUCGAGUUUACUGAUCGUUUCAGGUGGAUCUGGAAGCCAGUGCUAUCGAUUUCAUUACUCACUGUUGGUCCUUGCUUUCCCCUUACCCUUCUAGUCGCUACCUCGACUUUGGCUUGCUGUGUGAAUUGCUGUGGGUAGUUGUGCCAUAGUCUGUCUAUCACACGCACUCUGAGGGCUUUGGUCCACUCUGCGCAUUUUAUAGAGAGAAGAGACCCGGAGGGUUCGUGAGGCUUCCAACGUGCUGGUGGAGCUAGGAUUAGAUCUCUUAAUUCACUGGUCCCUUUGGUACUGCCUUCCCUCCCCCUUGCAGAGUGAGUUCUUAGGUAUAUAUUUGUGCAGGAGUUUGGAGAUGACUAAGCCUGUGUAUGUGGCUUUGAGACUUCAUGUCAAGAUUGCCAAGAAGCAUUGGAUUCCGUUAGCUGUGACGUAGGCAGGCGGCCGUCCUUGGUGCCACAGGUUGGAUCGGGGCAGCUCUCUGCCCCCACGCCCUUGUUUGGGGUGCCCUCAGGAGGCUGUCAGGAAUCCUUUUACCCCAGGUGUAGAGUCCUACUGUGCUGUGACCUCAAAGCAAAAGCAAAAAGUGCAGAAAUGACCUGCCGGAGUGUGAGAAGCACUUCUUGCUGGUUAAGAGUUUCAAGUGUGAGAGAAAGAGGCGUGUUGAAAGGACAUUUACUUUCAUCAGCUCAGAACAUCUGCUUUUUAUUCUUUAAAAGGAAGCAACACCUCAAAUUACAGCAGUCCCUAGGCAGGCAAGCACUUGAGAUUUUGAUCUGUGCAGAUUCUUUGAGGGGGUGCCUCCCAGAGCUUUUAGGAGUGAUUUGUAGCACUUGACAGAUUUUGGAGGAUGACAGACAGGGUUUGUGGGGAAGGGGAGAGGGCAGCAAAGACAGGGGAGGAACCGCUCUGUGAAACAGCAAAUGAGCCUUUUCUCUCCUACCUGGGUAGAAGUAGAAGCUGUACUCAGCAGACCCCGGAGACCACAUUAAAAUCGGAAAUGAAAACCAAACGCCAUGUUUUUUUUUUAAUUAUUAUUUUUAAUGCAGUGCCCACCUCCAGAGCAUUCCUCCAGCGUGGGCUGCAUCGUAAUUUCCCCUUUUAUAUAGAUUUCAUUUUUUUUUAUUGUGCUGAAAUAUACAUGGCAUAAAACUCGGCCACGUUAACUGUUGCUAAUGUGGGGUUCCGGGACAUCAAAGCCACUCACAGUGGUGGAUGUCACAGCUGUCCUACAUUUGUUCUUUUUAUUUUUUAUUUACUUAUUUUUCCCUUGGGUAAUUAUUUUAUUUUUUUUAUGAAUAUAAUUUAUUGUCAAAUUGGCUUACAUACAACACCCAGCGCUCAUCCCAACAAGUGCCCUCCUCAAUGCCCGUCACCCAUUUUCCCUCUGUUGUUUUUGAUUUGAGGUGCAGGUUUCCCAAAUUAAGCACCUUAGGAGGCAAAGAAGCAUCACCCCUAACCCCAGAGCCCAUCGUAACAUUAGAAUGGAGCUGGUAGGUGCCAAGGGUUUUUUCUUAUUCACGUGCUUUUGUUUAAACCUAGCUGUGAUACUGUUCUAGGAGGCUGUAACGUGAAUUUCAGAGUUGGAAGGGAAUUUGAAGAUGGUUCACUCCAUUCCCCUGUUUUUAGAUUAAGAAAUGAAUAGCCCAGAGGGACAAUGGCUUGCUUAGCUGGGUCCAGAGCCCAGGUGCUCUGUCCCCUGAGACCACUGCCCUGGGCUAGUCGGUCUUUAGUUUCAAAAUGUGGUAUAAAAAAUUCAUUGGCGGUUUAUUUUUAGGGUAAUCUCUCUCUCUCUCUCUCUUUCUCUUUCUCUGUGUGGUUUCUGUGUCUGGAUUUUUUUUUUUUUUAAUGGCGUCUUCAAACAGGAAUUUGUUUUAAGCAAGAAAAUCACAACCUUAUUGUUUACCAGCCGUGACCUUAGACGCUGACAUUCACUCCUGUCCUGCCUGUGUUUGGAUAUCACUAUACCCAGGAUCUUCCUUCUUUCUCCCCCACCCCCGUUUCUUCUGCUGAUUGUAGUAAAACCAAAGUUUAAAGGUGAUCCUUGUUUUUCCCCAGUUGGGCUUUUCCAGACAGUUGUUCUUGCUUCUUAAGAUCUGUUUCCCACUUAGGGAAAUUAGGUGAAAACUUGAGGAAGCAGAGCCUUGCAGUUAAAAACACAAUGUCUGCUUACCACUGCACACCCUCGGGGGCCGGCCUGCCUGUUCCGUCUCCUCUCCAGCCUCUCCUGCCUCCCAGGGCCCACCCGCAGGCAGUUCUCACCUCCUCCUGCCCUCAUCGGAGGUCUGUGGGAGGUGGUUAGGAAGCCGGAGGACCGACGGGGAGCUCGGGGGGAGCUGGGGUAUAUUGUUUGGGUCGGCCAUGUAAGCCUUGUGCUGCUGUGUAAAUGGCCACGAUUCAGGCGUUAUCUCGGGACUUCUGCUGGGCACCAGACAACCCGAUCUCCUGCAUACUGGAGCAAAAUGGAAGAGUUUCUUCUGAGGCCUCUGAUGCACUGCUUCCCCAGGCCAUGAGGAAGAAAGAGUGGACUUCAGCCUGUAUGAAUGGUCUUGAAACACGAAUGGUUGUGGGUCUAGGCAUUUUCCAGUGACUUUCUCUACUGCCACUGUUGCUACUCAAGCAGAAUCUGUGCAGAAAGGUCUGCUGGGAAAGAACUGACUGCUUAUGUUCCUCCAUUGUGAUGAAAGCACAUGUUACAGUUUUCCAAAGAAAUCAGUCCUUUUUCUUGGUGAAAAGAAACCAGUCUGCCGUUUUCGUAGGGUAUUUCUCACUCCUCUGGAAGGAAGAAAGAACACGCCUGAGCCGGGAGCACUCCAGCGUCUUGUGGGAAGUCUCCAUGGUGAAGGAUAAGCCAGGGCUACCUGUGAACAGCGCACAGUGAAUGUUAUUCCAGAGCUGCUGCGGGCCGUUCGCACCCACGGGGAGAUGAUUCCUCAUGAAGAGCCUGGAUCCCCUACAGAAAUCAAAUGUGACUUUCCAUGUAUCAGACUAAAACCAGAGCCAGCCAGACAGUGAAACAGUCACCGUGGAGGGGGGACGGCGAAAAAUGAAAUCCAACCAAGAGCGGAGCAACGAAUGCCUGCCUCCCAAGAAGCGCGAGAUCCCCGCCACCAGCCGGCCUUCGGAGGAGAAGGCCGCCGCGGCGCCCAGCGACAACCACCGGGCGGAGGCCGUGGCAUGGCUCCCCGGCAACCCGGGGGGCCGCGGCCACGGGGGCGGCAGGCACGGCCCGGCGGGGGCCCCGGUGGAGCUGGGUUUACAGCAGGGAAUAGGUUUACACAAAGCGCUGUCCGCGGGGCUGGACUACUCCCCGCCCAGCGCGCCCAGGUCCGUGCCGGCGACCACCACGCUGCCCGCCGCGUACCCUCCCCCGCAGUCGGGGACGCCGGUGUCCCCCGUGCAGUACGCUCACCUGCCGCACACUUUCCAGUUCAUCGGGUCCUCCCAGUACAGCGGGCCCUACGCCGGGUUCAUCCCUUCGCAGCUGAUCUCCCCGACGGCCAGCCCCGUCACCAGUGCCGUGGCCUCGGCCGCGGGGGCCACCACUCCAUCCCAGCGCUCCCAGCUGGAAGCCUAUUCCACUCUGCUGGCCAACAUGGGCAGUCUGAGCCAAGCCUCGGGACACAAGGCUGAGCAGCAGCACCUGGGCAGGACGUCGGGGCUCGGCCCCCCGGGGUCCCCCCCUCCCACCCAGCAAAACCAGUACGUGCACAUCUCCAGCUCUCCGCAGAGCGCCGGGCGCACGGCGUCCCCUCCGGCCAUCCCCGUCCACCUGCACCCGCACCAGACGAUGAUCCCACACACGCUCACCCUGGGGCCCUCCCCCCAGGUCGUAGUGCAAUACACCGACUCCGGCGGCCACUUCGUCCCGCGGGAGGCCGCCAAGAAAGCCGACAGCGGCAGGCUGCAGGCCAUGCAGGCCAAGGAGCUCCUGAACGGCGAGAUGGAGAAGGGCCGCAGGUACGGGGCCCCGAGCUCCGCCGACCUGGGCCUGGUGAAGGCCGGGAAGUCGCUUCCUCACCCAUACGAGUCCAGGCACGUGGUGGUGCACCCGAGCGCCGCGGACUACGGCGGUCGGGACUCCUCGGGGGUCCGGGCCUCUGUGAUGGUCCUGCCCACCAGCAGCGCGCCCGCCGCCGACCUGGAGGUGCAGCCGGUCACGCACCGGGAGGCCUCGCCCUCCACCCUCAACGACAAAAGCGGCCUGCAUCUAGGGAAGCCCGGGCACCGGUCCUACGCGCUGUCACCCCAACAGGCCCUGGGCCCCGAAGGCGUGAAGGCCGCCGCCGUCGCCACGCUGUCCCCCCACACGGUCAUCCAGACCACACACAGCGCCUCGGAGCCACUCCCGGUCGGACUGCCGGCCACCGCCUUCUACGCGGGGACCCAAGCGCCGGUCAUCGGCUACCUGAGCAGCCAGCAGCAGGCGAUCACGUACGCCGGCAGCCUGCCCCAGCACCUGGUGAUCCCCGGCACGCAGCCCCUGCUCAUCCCGGUCGGCGGCGCCGACGUGGAGGGCUCGGGAGCCGCCCCCGCCAUCGCCACGUCGUCGCCCCAGUUUGCGGCAGUGCCUCACACGUUCGUCACCACCGCCCUCCCCAAGAACGAGAACUUCAGCCCGGAGGCCCUGGCCACGCAGGCCGCCUACCCAGCCAUGGUGCAGGCCCAGAUCCACCUGCCCGUGGUGCAGUCCGUGGCGUCCCCCGCCGCCGCGCCCCCCACGCUGCCCCCCUACUUCAUGAAAGGCUCCAUCAUCCAGUUGGCCAACGGGGAGCUGAAGAAGGUGGAGGACUUGAAGACAGAAGACUUCAUCCAGAGCGCCGAGAUCAGCAGCGACCUGAAGAUCGACUCCAGCACCGUGGAGAGGAUCGAGGACAGCCACCACCCGGGCGUGGCGGUGAUACAGUUUGCCGUCGGGGAGCACCGAGCACAGGUCAGCGUGGAGGUUUUGGUAGAGUACCCUUUUUUUGUGUUUGGACAGGGAUGGUCAUCCUGCUGUCCAGAGAGAACCAGCCAGCUCUUUGAUCUGCCGUGUUCCAAACUCUCUGUUGGGGACGUCUGCAUCUCACUGACCCUCAAGAACCUGAAGAACGGCUCUGUUAAAAAGGGCCCGCCCGUGGAUCCGGCCAGCGUCCUGCUGAAGCAUUCAAAGACGGACAGCCUGGCGGGCAGCAGACACAGGUACACGGAGCAGGAGAACGGCAUCAACCAGGGAAGCGCCCCGAUGCUGUCCGAGAACGGCGAACUCAAGUUUCCAGAAAAAAUAGCAUUGCCUGCAGCGUCCCUGCUCACCAAAAUCGAACCCAGCAAGCCCACGGCAACCAGGAAGAGGAGGUGGUCGGCGCCGGAGACCCGCAAACUGGAGAAGUCGGAAGACGAGCCACCUUUGACUCUUCCUAAACCUUCUCUAAUCCCUCAGGAGGUUAAGAUUUGCAUCGAAGGCCGGUCUAACGUAGGCAAGUAGAGGCAGCGUGGGGAAAGGAAAUUCGGCUCUCCCUUCUCAUUUGUAUCCAGAUUACUGUACUGUAGGCUAAAUAACACAGUAUUUACAUGUUACCCUCUUUAGGUUUCUGUUAUAACCUUGUCAUUAGAGUUAACAGCUGGUGUUGCAGCAGGAGACCGGGGCACAUGCUUUUCCAGGAGUGACAGCGGCAGGUGGGGGGGAGGGGGGAAGGGCAGGGCCCGCGCAGGCUCCGGGCGUCCUGGGAGAAAGGAACGUGGCUUCGGAGCACCUGCCUUUUCCAGCUGCGGGGAAGCCGCGGCCCGGGCGCUGACUUCCGCCGGUUUCCUGUGCAGGUUCUGCGGGCAGGGAGCUGCCGGGGAGGGGAGGAAGGGGGCGUGUGGGCGUGCACUUGGGGGGCGCGGGUGCAAGGCGGGGGUGGAGGGUGUCUCCUUCCCUCUGCCUCCCUCUGCCUCCCUCUCUCUGGCACUGGCCUGGAGGUCCCGCCAGCAGGGCAGGGUCCUGGCGAGGGCCUCACGUGCAAAGCAAACAUCAGGAACCCGGGUGCAGGGCCUGCUAGAGAGGCGUCUGACAGCAGACGGAAAGCCAACCGUGUAAAAGGACCUUUUUUUUUUUUCCCCUCCAACAUAUUUUACAAUAAAAGCAACUUUUAAUCCUAUAGAGAUAUAUUUCCCCCUA